UGUAUAUCUAUGUAUACAUACAUUACUAUAGAUUUGAUAUUAUUUGUUCAAAAGAAUUGAAUGAAAAGUGAUUUGCAUUUCAAUACAAACACAACGAAACGGACAUUGAGUUCACGUCUUAGUGACCAUUCAUUACCAGACAAUCAGUGACCACUUAAACGUGCCAUCAGUUGAUCCCCGCAGUCAUCGUACGGACCAUUGGUUGUGUGCAAUGUCUUCGUCUCAGAGCCUCAUUGAGUGCAUGUCUUCGUCGUCGUCGUCGUCAUCGUCGCCAUCGAUGGGUUUGGGAUCCAAUGGAUCCUACGAUCAGAUGUCGACGAACGAGGAGUUUGUGUCCCAAUGUGGUGACGAUGUCUUCGCGCGCAUCACUCUCCUGUCAAAUACGAUUCAAUCGAAACUCUAUUUAUUGCAAACAAAUGACAACAAUAUCUAUAAUCAGCUCAAGAGCCGCACGAGUGAUGAUAAUAAGGACAUAAGCGCUCACGAGUUGUCCACUCUGUACGCCAUCCGCAGUGAAUGCUAUUUGAAGUUAGGUUUACAUCAAUUGGCUUUCGAUGACUGUGUCAGUGGUUCCCAAUUGGAUCCCAAGAACGCCAACUGCUAUCGUCUCAAAGGUCGUGCAUUACUGGCACUGAAUCGCAAGGAGAGCGCUGAGCACUCGUUUAAGAUGUCACUGGAAUUGAGCAAAAAAUAUGGCGAACCCUCGCAGGAGUCGGUCCGCAAUCAAUAUAAGGCCCUAAAGGAGGCCGGCUUUGACGAGCACACGGCUAACAUGUUUGCCCCCAAAAGUCGCUCAGUGAACGAUGCGAUCGACAAUAUUCUCAACACUAGCCUUACGUCCGGACAGUUGUCUUCUCUAAGAGAUUCUUACACGAGAAGUCUAAACACCACUGAAAUGAAUCCGUUUCCCUCGCAAACGAUUGAUUCGCAAUACUCGCAAAUGUCUGGCAUUUUUGGAAAUAGAAAUCAAACGCAUAGUGGAAAGGGAGCUAACAGUGCCUCACAACAAGCAUUAGGCCUUAAACUCAUCAGUGAUAUCGACAACUGUUUGGGAAGUAUUCUCGAUAGCGAUGAAGAAAAGCCCAAAAUUUUUGACGAAAAAAACGAUAACAAUAUGAUUAGUGCCACGAAUUCUAGCGAUUUUUCACAUAUUAGUAAUAAUAACAAUAAUAUUAUUAACAAAAGUAAUAACAAUUUCUGUGAUAAUAUCGGAGAUAAUGGCGUACUUUUGUCCAGAAGUGUUUCGCCGCAUAUAAAGCAAAAGCAAAACCCGUUUGGGAUCUCAACGGAUCUCCAACUCAAACAAAAUGCAAAUAAUUUUUCUCUUGAUCUCAACAAAGACUCGUUGGGCUCACAGAUUGUGCCGAAGUUUUUAAAUAAUAGCAGCGCUCGGAGUGCGGAGUCGACACGAAAAGCAAAAACGUUUGCAGACAUAGCGUCGGCCAACACUAAAAAACCCGUUCAGACGUUCAAAAUGGCCGCAAAAGUGAAGACGAAUAACACGAAUAUAGAUUCUAAAGAGGUGUCGACCCCUCGCUCCCAAACCCCUUUAGAUUAUGGAAAUAAAGUGUCGGCGCUCGAGUCGUUCGGUGCGCCAAAUACUGCCGAAGGUGUGGAUAAAAUCGAAAAAAUCGGUCAAAUAGUAGUGUCGGAACCGAUCCGACCCACGAAUUUGAUGGCAUAUAAAGGCCUUUGGGUUUGCAAUAUAUCGCCCGACGCCUCGUAUAUAACAUUAAAAAAAGUGUUUCGAAAGUAUGGAAACUUCACUGGAAUUCAGACUUUCGAGAGAAAAGCGACGAACGGCUCGAAUAUAGUUUUUGUUCACUACGACAACAGUCAGUCGCCUACCGAUGCCAUCGCAGAACUGUUUGGCGUCUAUCGCAAAGACAUCUGUUUCGAUGAAAACACACUUUUAAAGCUUCGGUUCACGCCAUCCAUGGAACAGACGAAGAACGGAGACUUGCCUUCAAUGGAAAAAGCGAAGAGAGUGGUCGAGAAGAGUGGCGAGUGUUUCAAUUGGCGUCUGUCCACCGGGUGUCACAAAGGCGACCGGUGCUCAUCCAAACAUAUCCCUAUCAAUAAGGCGGUCGACUCGCAGCCAUGGGUAAAAGCAUUGAAAAAGAAAGCAAACGAGGCUUAGGAUGACUAUCACUGACUCUUAUGAUAAUAAUAAUAAUAAUAAUAAUAAUAAACACAAUUAUAUUAUAAUUAAUCCGAAAUACUUUUGGCAAUUGACUUGAAUUCUUUGAAAUAAAAAACUUUCUGUUCUAUUGGCUCUAAAUUAUAGUUUCUUUAAUUUUAGUGUAGU